CCUGCCGUCCCUUCCCAGGUGGGUGGUGCGCGCGCUUCGUCCGCAGGGAACCGAGGCGGCCAAGCCCCCGGCCCGCAUAAAACCCCCCUCUCAACUUGCUUCACCGGAUCCUCGAAUCGAAUCGCAACCAAUCCCCAUUCCACGCUCCCCUCCCCUCGCGCACCAACCCCCACUCCCUUCCUCGCUCCACCACCCAACCAAUCCCCCUUGCUCUCGUAGCGUCGCGUCGCGUCGCGCGGGCGCCCAUGACGGCCGUCGCGGCGCCUGAGCCGCUGCCGCCGCCGCCGCGGCAGCUGAGCCUGGAGGACCUGAGGGCGGUGUCCGUGCUCGGGCGUGGCGCCAAGGGCGUCGUGUUCCAUGUCGUGCCCGCCCACGGGGACGCGGAGGGCGAAGGCGGAGCCGCGGCCAUGGCGCUCAAGGCGGUCUCGCGGGAGGCCGCGCGGCACAAGAAGGCGGCGUCCGCGGGCGGCGACGGGGACGGGCACCGGCGGAUCUGGUUCGAGCGGGACGUGCUCCUGGCGCUGCGCCACCCGCUGCUCCCCUCGCUGCGCGGCGUCCUCGCCACCGACGCUGUCGUCGGGUUCGCAAUCGACCGGUGCGGCGGUGGCGACCUCAACUCCCUCCGCCGACGCCAGACCGAGAAGAUGUUCUCCGACUCCGUCAUCCGGUUCUACGCGGCGGAGCUGGUGCUGGCUCUCGAGUACCUGCACAGCCUCGGCAUCGUGUACCGGGACCUUAAGCCGGAGAACGUCCUCAUGCAGGACAGCGGGCACAUCAUGCUCGUCGACUUCGACCUCUCCACGCGGCUCCCGGCGCUGCCUCAGGAGCCGGAGCCGGCGACUGUUAGUCCCAAACCGGCGCCUCCAGCCACUUCACCGUCCCCGAGCCGCGGGAUGCCAAGGAAGCCGGCGGGCGCCGCCCUGUGCUUCCCGUUCCGCACAGGCAGCGCUGCGAAGCUGGCCGCACCGGCGGACUCGCCGUCGCCGCCAUCCACCUCGCGGACGGCCUCGUCGUCGUCCUCAUCUUCGACGGCGACCACGGUCUCCUCCGCUGCCUCGGCCGGCGCGCUGACGCCGGCGAAGUCGAACUCGUUCGUGGGUACCGAGGACUACGUGGCGCCGGAAAUUAUCGCUGGGCGUGGCCACGACUUCGCCGUGGACUGGUGGGGCCUCGGCGUGGUGCUCUACGAGAUGCUCUACGGCCGCACGCCGUUCCGGGGGCAGAACCGCAAGGAGACCUUCUACCGCGUCCUCGCCAAGCAGCCGGAGCUCGUCGGCGAGCAGACGCCGCUGCGCGACCUCAUCGCGCGCCUGCUCGAGAAGGACCCAGAGAAGCGCAUCGGCUCGCGCGGUGUCAAGGCCCACCCCUUCUUCCGCGGCGUCGACUGGGACCGAAUCCUCCACGUGGCGCGUCCGCCGUUCAUCCCGCCGCCCCCGCAGGACGAGGACGUCGACGAGGCGCUCGACGUCGAGAAGGUCGUGCGCGAGGUGUUUGCUUCCAAUGACGCCCAGGCCGCAACGGCGGGGGAGGGCGUGAAGGCUUCGCCGGAGGUGGACGUAGGCCGCGGCGACGGGGACGGCGAGGGUAGGAGAGACCCAUCCAAAGAUGGUGAUUUCUCCGUGUUUUUCUGAUCUAUCUUAUUCAUUUUUCUUUGAACUACUAGUAGUUCUUUUUUGUUUUUUAUUUCUUUUUCUUAAGGAUUUGUAGUAUUAUUAUGGUGGGAUUUAGCGGACGAGAUUAGGAGAAAGUACGGCCUAGUACCCGGUGGAGUACAAAAUUAAUGAGGUGCUCCUUUUCGAUGGGUAUAGCCCCCUUUCGAUGGGUAUAGCCACUAUAGUUUCGUUCUGUUUCUUUUCUUUUCGUUGCUUCUUUGUUGGAUACUUUGCUCCGUACAUAAUGAAUAACGAGAGCAGCAAUUGGCUGCUGAAAUGUA